AUGGCUACCUCGAAGUUUCCAAUCCCAACACAGCUGUUCAUCCAUGAUAAGCUUGUAGAUAGCCAUUCUCCAGAGCGGCACUCAAUUUACAAUCCCGUGGAUGACAGUCUCUUUUGCGACCACGUUCAGUAUGCUGCUGCGGAAGACGUGGACGCUGCGGUGGAUGCCGCAACCGCUGCCUUCAAUGGGCCCUGGCGUGAAUACACAGCUGCUCAACGGGGAGAGACGCUCCUAGAUCUGGCUGCACUUCUUCUCGCACACAAGGAUGAGUUGGCCUGGCUGGAUGCGACUCCCAGUGGCAAGCCAAUCUCAGCUGCCAUCAAGGAGAUUGAAAUGGGAGCUAGCAUUCUGAAAUAUUACGCUGGCUGGACCGACAAGUAUGCCGGCGAAUCAUUCCCAGCCGAUGAUGGCUUCCUGAAGAUUGUGCGCCAUGAGCCUCUCGGUGUUACUGUCAGCAUCAACCCAUGGAACGGGCCUAUCGUAAUACUGUGUCUCAAACUCGCACCUGCUCUGGCCACCGGGAAUGUCAUGAUUAUAAAGCCCAGCGAGAAGACACCCUUCGGAGCUGUACGUCUGGCCGAACUCGCAACCGCAGCGGGAAUUGCCCCCCCAGGAGUCAUCCAGGCCCUCCCUGGCGCCGGUGCUACGGGUGCCUUGCUCGCAAGUCAUAUGAAAGUGCGAAAGGUGAGUUUCACUGGGUCUACAGCCACAGGUAGACGCAUCCAGCAGGCCGCUGCCAGCAGCAAUCUCAAACGGGUGACACUGGAACUGGGGGGAAAGUCGCCCUCCGCGAUCUUCGAAGAUUGUAACUUUGACAACGCGAUCUGGUGGUCGACCUUUGCGAUCACGCAUAAUUCCGGACAGGCCUGUUACGCUGCUAGCCGCCUUUACGUCCAAGAGAGCAUCGCCGGCAGGUUCAUCAGCGCCUUCACAAAGGCUAUGUCGGCAAAGAUCAGCCAAAUGGGCGACCCCAGCAACCCAGAUACCCAACUCGGUCCGCUAGCAGAUAAGGGACAGUUGGGUCGAGUGGCCUCGUUCUUCGAGCAUGACGAGGGCAGAACAAGAGUUCUUGUUGGUGGUAAGCAGCAUGGCGAUAAAGGGUGUUACUGGGAGCCCACGGUGCUUCUCAACCCGCAAGAGAAUGCUCAAGUGUAUCAAGAAGAGAUAUUCGGACCCGUGGUAUGCAUAAAAACAUUCAAGGACGAGGCAGACUUCCUCCGCAUGGCCAACGACUCGGAAUUCGGUUUGAUGGCGGGGGUCUUUACGCAGGAUAUAAACCGUGCGAUGCGUCUCUCGGCAGCCCUGGAUAGCGGCGUGGUAGGCAUCAACUGCGUCAGUUAUAUCAAUGUACAAGCUCCUUUUGGUGGCAGCAAGCAGUCGGGAAUAGGCCGGGAGAUGAGCCACUACGCUCUGCGCAGCUUCACCGAGCCCAAGACUGUGCUGGUCAAUAUGACCUACUAA